CAGAGAGAGCCGGAGGGUGGGUGGAGCCUUUUGCGUGACGUUAGGAAAGCGAAACUAUGCGCAGCCUCCAGUGAGAGCGAAGCGAGCUGCUAGAGAAAACGAAACUUUGCCGGUUUAUUGUGUCGAGGUGCAGAGAUCUCUUGGAAAGCGGUCCUUGUGUCCGGCAGUGUGGUAACGCGUUUACAGCUGGGAAGAAGUUAUAAAAACCUUCACCCUGGGUCGACGAUCACGCAAAAAGGGCAUAAAAUGCCCAGGAUGUGGGGAGACUCAAGAUGUGUCUCACAAAUUCUGCAGUAACUGCGGGAAGCAGUUGGCGCCUUCUGCCAGCACAGAAAAGGGUAGAGAUGCAGAACCGACUUCCAGGCUAGAAAUGGAGCCUGGGGGAGAACUGUGGGUGGAAAGCUCCCCAUCCUUGGUAGCCUCUGUUGCUGAGCAGCAGCCUCCUGAACAGACAUGGAGAGAAACAGAAGAGAACCUGCCAGAAAGCCUUGAGAGUCAGGCCUCUCUCUCCCAGAAAAAAAAAAAGAGGACAAGAAAAAAUAAAAAGAACAGGAAUACUUCAGACUCUGAGCUUCAAGACUCCUUGACAGCAUCCUCAAGUUCAGCACUAUCCAGUCUUGCUUAUUCUUUGAGCCCAGAAGUAGCAGAUGCAGAUAAUCCAGCAAAUGGCAGUCAAAACCAAGAUGCACAAUCAACCAAGCCAGACAUUGAGUCUACUGAUGAUGGUGAAAAUCAGAUUAAAAGCAAUAGUACCUUAGACGCAGAUCAUCAGAGAUCAUCGGAGAACAUUAAAGACACAGAUCAAAUUUUUGGAGACAACCAUGGUAGCAGUAUCAAUAUAAAUCAUCAAGAACAAGACAAUAAAGAGGGUGCCAGAGCUGAACAUGCUGGUAACAUAACCACAGGGGAGAAGAUGGAAGAGGAUACCUCCAAAACAGAGAGUGAGAUUGGUGAACAGACAACUUAUAACAAAAAGCAAAGUAAAACAAAUUCUGCUGGGAGUGCUCAGCCUCUGGGAAGUAUAUCAAAUACUCAGACCCUGAGUGGAGAUGUGGUACCACUUGUUUCCAAGAGAGCUGCAGAGAAUAUAUCUUCAGAUAAUCACUUAAAGGUUGAAUCUUCUGAAAAUAAAGAAAUACAACGAAGUACAGAAAAUCAAACCCAGGGAAUUAAGAAGUCUUUGCCUGAAUCUGAACUGGGACAGAAUUGUAAAACAAGAGUUGAACAGGAGACCAAGCAACAGAGGAGUGCUUCUGUCUCAAAGAAGGCAAAGUUGGAAAUGACCAAGGAGGAGAGAGCUUGUGAAAAAGAAGAAACCACAGCUCCAGUAGAAGUAUCUGAGAGGAAACUGCAGGCAAAUCGGAAAGAUGAGAAACAACAAGCUGCAACAGCAACUCCAGUAGAAGCAUCACAGAAGGAGGGGAAGGAUGCUGCUGUUGGGGAUCAGAAGAACCUGCAGGCAAAUCGGAAAGAUGAGAAGCAACAAGCUGCAACAGCAACUCCAGUAGAAGCAUCACAGAAGGAGGGGAAGGGUGCUGCUGUUGGGGAUCAGAAGAACCUGCAGGAAAAUCGGAAAGAUGAGAAGCAACAAGCUGCAACAGCAACUCCAGUAGAAGCAUCACAGAAGGAGGGGAAGGGUGCUGCUGUUGGGGAUCAGAAGAACCUGCAGGCAAAUCGGAAAGAUGAGAAGCAACAAGCUGCAACAGCAACUCCAGUAGAAGCAUCACAGAAGGAGGGGAAGGGUGCUGCUGUUGGGGAUCAGAAGAACCUGCAGGAAAAUCAGAAAAAUAAGAAGCAACAGACAAACUGUGAUGUCAAUGUAGUUACACGAAGCCAAUGUAAUGAUGGAGAAGGUGUCACAGUAUAUUUCCAUGCCAUACUGUCUAAAGACUUCAAUCUGGAUCCUGAGAAGCAUAAAGUGUUCAUAAGGGCAGGACACAUUUCUGGAUAUUGCAACUGGGAAGACAAUGUCUGUGAGCUGACUUGCACAAGGUAUCUUGAUCAGCAUGGUCACCUAAUUGAAGGUUGUGUGACCAUUUCUAAAGACAACAUCGAUAAAUGGAUUCCAUAUAAAUAUUUCAUUGUACGUGGCAACAAAAAGGGAGAGUAUGAAUUUAUUUACAAACACUGUCCAAAAGGUGUCCACGUAGAUCGUUGUUUGCAUAUACAAUCAAAGUACCUAAGUGGUAAUGAUUGGCAUCAGUAUGAUGAUAUAGUGUGCGUCAAAAGUGAGAGCAUGUGGCGCAGUUUUAAGAGCCACAUUCCUGGGUUUAGAAGCAUAGAAGAAGAUAAUGUCAAAGGGAAGCAAAUAGCAGCAAAAGUAAUACUGGAUAGUCUCUUCAGUGUGCUUAAGCCCUGGAAUCCUGCGAAUGUCAAGAACUUUGUCCUACAAUUGCAGCAGUUUUACAUAGUGAAUAGAAAACCAAUGGUAUAUGAGACGGAGCCAAAGGAAUGGAAAGCUUUACAAUUCGGAGAAAACCAGGUGAAAGAGUUGAUAUUGGAUUACUUGAGAAAAGUGGCCCAUCCCUUUCUUAACCAGAACAGUCCUCAUGAUCCAUCUUGGAACAUGUCAGUGCAGAAUAAACUGGGCCUGGCGUUGAUCAUCCUCUUGUCGGGAGAUGUCUGUGAUAUUCGAAGUUCAAAAGAUGAUCUGGCACAGAUAUGCUGCCUUCUUUGUUUGGAGAAGCCACUAGCAGUUGUAUCGAAUGAAGUCAAUUGUAUCAAAGAGGCAUUUUCAGGAAUUCCACGGUUGGUGCAAUGUUUGAUUCUGUUUUGCAACGAAUGUGUUGAAGAGCAGGUUCACCAGUGGCUGUGGACAAUCCCAGUCGUUCAUGUAAUUACUGCUUGUACUGAUUUUGAAUGCUUUCAAGCAAAUACUCAACUUGAAUCUGAAGAGAGAUGGGCAAGAUUGGAAGGCCUUCCAUUUGUUGAGUACAGAGAGAAACACAAGUUUAAUGAAAAGGUCUUACAACUAAUGAAAACAAAAAAACAUUUGGUGGAAGGAAAUAGAAUGCUGUUCAGGUCAUGGUUCUCACUGCUGCCUCUGAAAGCCUUGGGAGAAUUUAUCACUGACUUUCCUGCUGUUCAGUUGGACUGCCUUCUAGGAAGUUUUCAUAGACUGAAGAAUGUGGAAAUCAAUUACCUUAACCGUGAGGAGGUAGAAAAACUUCUGGACACAGUGUUACAUGUCGUCUGUGAAAAACAAAAUGACAAAUUACAGCUAGAUGUUUGGGACUUCUCUGUGAAAAUCUGCCUAAGACUUCAGAAUAUAUGCUGUGGAGUACAAAUGGUAGAAUGUUACAAGAUACCAGCUACAUCUGCUGCAGUUGUUUCGAGGAUUCUUGGAUUUGCACCUUUGGAGGUUGCAAGAGAGAAUACCAUGAAGAAUACUAUGAUGACAACAAUAUUCCAAAAGCUUUGUGAAAUAACCAGAGCCUGGUUUAGGAGAGUGCUGCAAAAACCGUUGCUGAACCGUACAGCUUCAGUCGUAUCAUUUGCUCUUCAAGAGGAACUUGCGGCAUGGGAUCACUUUUUGAAAAUAAACUUUCCUAUAGAGAAUUUCACAGAGAAGUGGAAGGAGACUUUAAUUUCCGAUUUAGAAGGCAGAAUCAAACAGGAAGAUCCAGUUCACCAGAUCAAGGUCUACUGCUGUCUGCAUGAAAAAAUAGAACAUCAUCACAAUUUGAUUAGUAAAGUUUUUGAAAACUGUGCCAUCGAAGCUGUUAAUGUAGCAUGCCAGACACAAAGAAACCUGCUUGAGCUGAUAUCCUCUUAUGACCUGAAGAAGCUGGGCAAACUUGUAUCUGCUGUCAUCAUGAAAUCAUGGCCGACUGAUGAGACAGGGAAACCUACGGAUGACUUAGAAGAUGUUCUGAAUCAUCUGCUUGUUUCGCCAGAUAUCAAACAUCUUUUCACUUUUAAUGGGGCAGAUGGGAACAUUCUGGACCAACUUACAGAUGAAGCCAAAGAGCUAAUGACCAUUGCCGACUCCAUACAUACAAGGAUUUCUGAUGAACUCACGAUGGGUUAUAUCCUAGUUAAACAUUUGGAACUAGUUGCAAAGCACAAAAAACAGUUUCUUUCUAUUUGGGAACUAAAGGACAAGCAUCUUUCACUCAUGGAGAAAAGAGAUCAUAAACUAAAACGAGAAAAAGUGCUCAAUUUGAGGUUUCAAGAAAUACUGUCUGUCAAAAGGGAGCAAAAAUGGUUGGGGUCCCUCUUGGACAUGUGCAAAAAGGUUCAAGAUCUUGUAAAAGUUGAUAUUGCUGAAAUUGAACAGAAGCACAAGGAAAAAUUGGCUUUCAAAGCAUUGCAUGAGGUUGUGAAUAUGAGACCCAUUUCCCAUAGUGAUGAAAAAGUUGAGAGCUAUUACCACUUGAGUCCAGCCCUGAAAAAGAUAUCUGAAAUUGUGGAUCGUUUUAAAGAGAGUCAUGUCUUCCAAUACUGUUGGGAAAAAGCUGCCACAAACCUGGUGGACAACCGUGAGGAUCUGAUAAACGAAGAGGACAUUGACAUUUUGCAUUUUGAUGAAGUACCUCACUGCUUAUUUGAACCUUGUGACAUUGAAUUCCGCAGGCUCUAUAAUAGCCUGAAAUCUGGAGAGAUCACAUUUGCUGAGGUGGACACUCUCUUCAAGGACUUUAUGAAUAAUUAUGAGGAACUAAAAAAAGAGCUCCUCAUUGUGUGUGGUCUGCAGUAUCCAGAUGGUGGAGAAUGGAUAGAUGAACGGGUUCAGCAGAUACAGCAAUAUCAUGAAUUACAUUUGGCUGUGGAUGCUGCUAAGGCUAUUGACAAGGUCAGGGAAGGUUUGAACCUCUCUGGUAACUUCAAGGUCCUGCUGCCCUUCCUGAACUUUAUAGAUGAAUCCUUUCAGCAAGCAAAACUGUCCUGCAUGAGUCCUGAAUUGGUGCGUGCCAAAAAACUGCUGCAAGGUAUUAAUGAACCACGCCGGAGAUGCCUUGAAGAACUUGUGCUCAGGAAGGACUUUGUCAACUGGGUCAAAGAAGCUUUGGAAGAUAUAAAUGAGCUAAAGGUGUUUGUAGACCUGGCUUCUAUCUCUGCGGGAGAGAAUGACAUGGAUGUGGAUCGUGUCGCCUGUUUUCAUGAUGCUGUGCUUGGCUAUUCAUCCCUGUUCUAUGAGUUGAAGCAGGAAUCGGGAUUUGAGGAAUUCAUGAAACGUUUGGAGAAACUGUGGAAAGCCCUGGAAAGUGACCCCAACCUUGCAAAAAAAUUGCGUGAUUCUGCCAGAUACCUGCAAUGGCUAAAAACCAUAAAAGAGAGCCAUGGCUCUGUAGAAUUAUCAUCUAUAUCAUUGGCGACUGCAAUCAAUAGCAAAGGAAUCUACAGAAUUGGGGCACCAGCAGAAGGCCAGAAGGUUUCCCUGGACACUGUCCUGUCCCUAACUCUCCCAGAGAGUCACGAUGACCAAGAAGAAGAACGGCAAUACUCACUGGAGGAGCUCCGAGAACUAAUGAACAAGCUGAUGCUGAUGUCGGGAAAGGUAGAACAAAGUGAAGAAGUGGAGAAAUUUUCUGAGGUAUUUUCCAGUGUCCAGAGACUUGCAAAGUCCUUCAUUGACCUUUACUCUGCUGGAAAUAUGCUAUUCCGAUCUUCGAUUGCUGGUGUACAUUGCCCACCCAGGAAUGAGUUCUGUAUUAGCAUGGAGUUCCAGUUAAAUCAUCUCUGGGUUCUUUAUGGAAAUGGAGAAUUGACCGAAGUCCUCCCAGCCAUAUGCAAGAAGAUGGAAAGUUUCCUGGAGAGGUGGGAGCGCUUCAUGUCUGAAAAGCGAUCCCGAUACUUUUACCUGAAUUAUUACACAGCUGAGCAGCUUGUUUAUUUGUGCAGAGAACUUGGCUCAGAGUGCCCCAGUGAGGCUGCCUUAAUGAUGCUGUCAUUCAUAAAGCAUAACUGCAGCAAACAAGAUAUUCAGCAGGUCUCCAAAGAAGCAGUGACUAAAAAACCAAAGAGGAAUAUUGGUGACCAGUUCAAGCUGAUGGAAACUGAGAGGGAGCUGACAGUACAGCUGGAGCAUAUCUGGGAGUCCUACAUGGAGAGCAUGAGCUCCUUCCUGCCAGGCUGCCUGGACAUUGAAACCCUUGGCAUUUACCUGGGCCAUCUGGCCGCUUUGGAGAAGAGGAGCACUGUACGAAGACUACCACAAGGCCUUCACACUGGCAGGCCCAACCUCAUCCUCUGUCCUCGCUCUGAAGUGUUGGCUUCAGCCCUGGCCAUCUACAUGAACAGUCCAGAGGAGACGCUGCCCUCAUAUGAUGAGGUCCUGCUGUGUACUCCACAGACCAGCUAUGAGCAAGUGGCACUGUUUCUGAGGAGGUGCCUCACUCCAGGCUGCCAGGGGGAGAAAAUCUACACCUUGCUGUAUGCAGAUGAGUUGAGCUACGAUGUUGGCUACAGGUCUGAGGAACUGUUCCAGAGGCUUGACUCAAUGCAUCAGGAUGACUAUCGCCUGGUGAUCCUGUGCAAUGGUGAGAGAGAGCACUGCUACGUCCCCUCUGUCUUCAGCCAGUUCAAAGUUCAUAUGAUCCCUCAGCAGCCCCUGAAGGAUAUUCAGAGCUACCUUGGGCAUCAUUUCAGAGCUACGCAACUUGCAAGUACAUCUGCUGCCGUCUUCAAGGACCAAAUGUGUGUUGGGAUCGUUUCUUCCAAAAGAGCUGGAGUGGGGAAAUCUCUCUAUGUAAAGAGAGUGCAUGAGAAAAUGGAGGCAAAACUGUGUGGCUGUAGAGUGCCCUUAAAAACUAUUCGACUGAUAGAUCCCCAUGUGGAUGAAGGCAAAGUGCUGAAGUAUCUCAUUCCAUAUUUGGACCCUCGGUACCAGAAACGACCAAUAAUAUUUCACUUUGACAUAACCUCUUCAGUCCAGAGUGGAAUUCCAGAAUUUCUGUUCAAGCUGUUCGUUUUACAAUACCUAUCAGAUAUAGAUGGGAAGCUCUGGCUCCGGAAACAGUGUCACCUGUAUGUUGUAGAAAUCCUUGAAGCAUCUCUAUCGCCAAGAACAAAAACAAGAGCUAUUUCUCCAGGACUGAAGUACAACUUCCUUGAUAUGUUCCCCAAAAUAACCUGUAGAUCUCCCAAGGAAGUACUAGAAAUGGACACCCAGAGGAACCCUUCCCAGGACUUAUCAGACCCAGGCAUGGAUCAGGAAGCAUUCUAUAAUGAAGCCUUUCAGAGACCAUUCCAGUACUUGAGAAGAUCCAACAGAAAUGAGAAUCUUGACACAUUUAAUUAUGAAGAAGGCUCUGUUGAAGGGACUCCAGAAGAAUGCCUACAGCUAUUCCUGAUCUAUUGUGGAGUGAUAGAUCCUUCAUGGUCAGAAUUAAGGAACUUUGCUUGGUUUCUGAACCUUCAGCUGAGAAAUUGUGAAACGUCUGUGUUCUGUAAUGCAGCUUUUGUACAGGACACUUUGCAGGGCUUCAAAAACUUUGUGGUCACCUUUAUGAUUUUAAUGGCAAAGGAUUUUGCAACACCGUCACUUAAUAUUUCUGAUGAGAGCCCUGGAAGACAGUCUUUUGACAUGGAAGGAGUCACAGAAGAAGAUCUUCUUCCAUUCCGCAUUCGGAAAAAGUGGGAGUCUGAACCCCACCCAUAUAUAUUUUUCAAUGAGGAUUCUGUAUCCAUGACAUUCAUUGGGUUUCAUCUCCAGCCUCAUCCUAAUGGUAGCAUUGAUGCCAUCAAUCCCUUGAACGGAAAUGUCAUCAAGAGUAAUGUGAUGACCACGCAGCUGUACCAAGGAUUGCUCCUUCAGAGAGUCCCCUUUAAUGUUAAUUUUGAUGCAUUGCCCAGACAUGAGAAAAUUGAGAAACUUUGCAUGGUUUUAGGAAUCCAGUGGCCAAUUGAUCCUGAUGAAACAUACGAACUGACAACAGACAAUAUCCUAAAGAUUCUUGCCAUUGAAAUGCGAUUCAGGUGUGGGAUUCCUGUAGUCCUCAUGGGAGAAACUGGCUGUGGAAAAACCAGACUUAUAAAAUUCCUGUGCGAACUGCGUAGGAGCGGUGCCAGUGCUGAGAACAUGAAGCUCAUCAAAGUCCACGGAGGCACCACUGCAGAUACAAUCUAUGCUAAAGUCAGGGAAGCAGAAGGCCUUGCUACUGAGAACAAACAGCAUUACCAGUUUGACACCAUCUUAUUUUUUGAUGAAGCCAACACUACCGAAGCUGUCAGCAGCAUCAAGGAAGUCCUGUGUGACCGCACAGUGGAUGGGCAGCCUUUGAUCUGCGACUCAGGCUUGCAGAUCAUAGCUGCAUGCAACCCAUACCGUAAACACACAGAAAGGAUGAUUGAACGCUUGGAGUCAUCUGGCUUAGGUUAUCGAGUCAAAGCAGAGGAGACCACGGACAAGCUUGGUUCCAUUCCUCUUAGGCAGCUUGUAUACCGUGUCCACGCACUCCCUGGUAGCAUGAUACCUCUAGUGUGGGAUUUUGGGCAAUUGAACAACUUUACUGAAAAACUCUAUAUCCAGCAGAUUGUGCAAAGACUUACUAGGUCAAUACGAAUGUCUGAUGCUAACCUCAAGACAAUAACAGAGGUGCUUUUUGAGUCCCAGACAUAUAUGCGGCAAAGGAAUGACGAAUGCAGCUUUAUCAGUCUCCGAGAUGUAGAACGGUGCGUGGAAGUCUUUAAAUGGUUUUACAGCCAUAAUGAACUGCUAAUGACACAUAUGGAGAAGUAUCUUGCAGAGAAGGAGACUGCUAAAGGCUACAUCAGGAGAGACAGAGUCAUCUGGUCCUUGGUGCUUUCAGUUGGUGUUUGCUACCAUGCCUCCCUGGAAAGUAAAAAAGAGUACCGAAAAACUAUCAGUGAAAUCCUUCCAGCGCCAUAUGAUAAUGAAAAGGGAAUCCUUGAAGAAAUUGGCUUAAUUCAGGAUCUGUUUUUGAGUGGUACACCUCUCAGGGAAAGAAUAGCAAGGAACUUGGCACUGAAGGAAAACGUCUUCAUGAUGGUCAUCUGCAUUGAGCUCAAAAUCCCUUUGUUCCUAAUCGGAAAGCCUGGCAGCUCAAAAUCUCUGGCCAAAACCAUUGUGGCCGAUGCCAUGCAAGGCCAAGCAGCACAUUCUGAGCUUUACAAAGAAUUGAAACAGAUCCAUUUGGUGUCCUUCCAGUGCAGCCCACACUCCACCCCUGAGGGAAUCAUCAGUACUUUCAAGCACUGUGCUCGUUUCCAAGAAGGGAAGAACCUGAAGGAGUACGUCUCCGUGGUGGUGCUAGAUGAAAUUGGCUUGGCUGAAGACUCCCCCAAAAUGCCUCUGAAGACCCUUCACCCGCUCUUGGAAGACGGAUGUGUUGAUGACAUCCCCCUCCCUCAUAAGAAAGUUGGCUUCAUUGGGAUAUCAAACUGGGCUCUGGAUCCUGCCAAGAUGAAUCGAGGUAUCUUUGUGUCUCGUGGAGACCCAAACAAGAAGGAACUCCUAGAAAGUGCAAAGGGUAUCUGUUCUUCAGCACCUUUCAUUCUGCAGAAAGUUAAGCAUUUCUUUCCCAUCUUUGCAAAUGCAUACGAUAAGAUUUGCAAAGGUAAAGGUAAGGAGUUCUUUGGGUUGCGUGACUAUUACAGCCUGAUAAAAAUGAUAUUUACUCUGACAAAAAAGUCUAAAAGAGAGCCCUCUCCCCGUGAGAUAGCAGAGGUGGUUCUUCGUAACUUCAGUGGCAAAGAAGGUGUUGAGGCCCUGGACAUCUUUAUGUCUAAGAUCCCAGAGAAAGCAGAUGUCGAGAACAUCAGCACAACUGAUCUGAUCCAACAGAAUAUUUACAGUGACUGUCAGGAUGGUGAAUGCCGGUACCUGCUCGUGUUAACAGAAAACUAUGCCGCGCUUCAAAUCCUCCAGCAGACAUUUUUCAAAGGCACACAACAGCCAGAAAUCAUUUUUGGUUCCAGCUUUCCCAGAGACCAGGAAUAUACCCAGAUCUGCAGAAAUAUCAACCGAGUGAAGAUCUGCAUGGAGACCGGGAAGAUGGUGGUUCUUCUCAACUUGCAGAAUCUCUACGAAAGCCUCUAUGAUGCCCUCAACCAGUAUUAUGUUCAUCUUGCUGAUCAGAAGUAUGUUGACUUGGGGCUAGGGACCCAUCGAGUGAAAUGCAGAGUUCAUCCUAAAUUCCGUUUGAUUGUCAUUGAAGAGAAAGAGGUGGUGUACAAGCAGUUCCCCAUUCCGUUGAUCAACAGGCUUGAAAAACAUUAUCUGGAUAUCAAUACUGUGUUAGACAAAAGGCAGAAGGACAUUGUGAAAGAAUUGGAGGAGUGGGUGAAGAGCUUCACGGCAGUUGAUUCAGAAAAGCAGUUUAUGGGCCAGCAGGAAUAUACCCCUUCUGAUGUCUUUGUUGGCUACCAUUCUGACACCUGUGCCUCAGUUGUCCUGCAGGUAACGGAGAAGUUGAAAAGAGAAUAUUCUCCUGAGGAAUUGAUGCCAAAAGUCCAGGAACAGGCCAAGUUGGUGCUGCUGAACUGCGCAACCCCAGAUUCUGUAGUCCGUCUUGGAAACUCACGGUUGGGCUCCUUUUUGGCAGACGACUUGGCGAGAGUAUACUUUCAGCAACAGCAACACACGUCCCUUCCGGACUUCCUACAUGCUUUUCUUUGUACAGAGCCCAAGGGUCGCACAGUUUUUAUUGAGAUCACUACUUUCUCCAGGCUCCUGACAGCUGCAGACAUAGAAAGUUUGGAGGCAGAAGUACGGGGCCAAAUUGAGAGCCUCAAAGUUCUGUUCUUGCAACAGUUUGACACAGAACACUCAUUUUUGAAAAAAAUUCGGAAUUUUCUUGAUGCUACACUUGGAAAGAAAAUCCUGAUUAUUCAGACGGAUUUUGAAAAUGGAUCUCUCAGUGCUCAGCUUGUUGCGUCAGCCAAAUACUCCGCCGUUAAUGAAAUCAACAAAAUAGAUCUAAGUGAGGCCAUGGUAUUGGUGUUCUUCAUCACUAAGCUGUCAAGAGUUGAAGGAGGAAGUUCUUACGUGGGUUUUCAAGGAGGGAUAUGGCAGUCCGUGCACAUUGAUGAUCUGAGGAAAUCGAAGGAUAUGGUCUCUGACAUAACUACCCUGAGAGACAUCACCAUCAGCCAGCUAUUUUCUGAGGACAUGAGGAUGGCUGCAGAAAAUUUUGAAGCUGCAAUGGGAGGAGUGAAAGAAGAGGAAGAGGUCAUGGAGGUAGAGAGAUCAACAGCACCUGAACCAGAAACAUUGGCUACUCAAAUUAUGGACACCACUGUCCUCCUGAGGAGCUGUGUGCAAAGUGCUGUUGGAAUGCUAAGGGACCAAAAGGAGGGUGCCAGCCGUAGCAUGAAGAGAAUUGAAAUUCUCCUUAGUCUCCUGUCUGAGGAAGAUCAAUUGAAAGAUUCUUUCCUGAAGAUAACAAAGAAUCGCCUCUUAUACCUUUUGAGGAAGCAAGAGGAGAAUUCUUACACCAUGAAUCAGUGGGUGCUUCGGGAGGCAUCCAAUCUCAAUGCUCUCCAGGAAGCCGGAACUUUCAGGCACACCCUGUGGAAGCGGGUCCAGAGUGUGGUGACUCCAUUUCUGGCCCAUAUGGUGUCUGUCCUAGACAGAGACCACAACCUGGAACUACUGGUCAGGCCAUCAACCAAAAGGUGUGUGAAAGAUCUGUGGAUGUUCAUCUUCAAUGAUCUGAAGCUUCUCAACAUUCCUUAUGUCGUGGGUCAAAGCAGCCAUCAAAAUGAGACAAUUCUAGUGCAGAAUUACUUUGAGGUAUCUACAGAUUAUGGCAAUGAAAUGCCCUUCAGCUGGAGGAUAAAGGAUUAUUUGGAAGAUCUUUCAGUUCAAGCUCACUACACUACUGACAAUGAAGGCCAUGCAAAGAAGUUCAUUGACAUUUUUCAGAAGACUCCACUGGGUCAAUAUAUUGCUGAUCUCUGUGAGGAAGGGAAGAAACAACUUUUCCAGUGUUAUGUCAGAGAUUUCAUCCUCCUUGCAAUGGGUGUAUCCUCUCAUAGGGAGCUAGAGUUGCUGCAAAUGGCCCUCAUGACAUGCAUAGAGGAAACGAUGGCAGCCUCUUCCAGUGCAGAAGAAGAAGAUGUUCCGCCCCUCCCCUGGAUCCACCUUGGCUACCAUCAGUUUAGGAGUCGGUUGCAAAACUUUUCCAGGAUUCUUGCUGUGUGCCCUGAUGUAGUUGAUGACCUCACUAAACAUAUAGAGAAAGGAAGUAACAUCUUGCAUCGCCAAAUGAUACUAGACGUGCUUGCUGCACAGGCCUGCACUGAAAUGUUGGAAGCAAAAUUGUUGAAAUGCAGAACUCAGACCUGGCUACAGCAGGUGAAGAAUCUUCAGAUGCCAGUUGAACUUGUGUGUACAGCAAAUUACUUGCAAAGCAAUAUAAGUCAAUGCAAUCAACUACUCCAGGAAGUAAGAAACCAAUGGAAUCGCAUUUUUGCCGUGUCCCUCUUUAUGGAACACGUGCUUCUUGGAGCAGAGACCCUGAUUCUGGAGGUGCGGGAUCUAGUAAAGAAGUACACCAUGCAACUGGGAAAUUGUUUUCAGUGGGGCUCUGACAUCAAAACACAUAGAACAUUCACUGCAGUGAUGAAGGUGCUAUGUGAGUGCAAGGAGAAUGUCAGUUUAGCAGUUUGCAGGUAUGGUUUGAAGCCAUGUCCAAUUUGCUUGGGGGAUCCUAAGGAUCCAGUCAACCUUCUUCCUUGUGAUCAUGUGUAUUGUCAGAAGUGCAUCAAACAAUGGCUGGUACCAGGACAGAUGUUCUGUCCACUCUGCCUAACCAACCUGCCUGAUGACUACACCCUCGCCAUAUCUGAAGAACUCAGUAUCGCCAUAGAAAACAAUGCCCAGUUCCGCCGAUUUUGCAACAGUUUUUUUGUCGAGCUGGUUUCUACAAUGUGUUUCAAAGAUAAUGAACCCCCAGAAAAAGCUGUGAUUCAGGAGCUGCUGAAGCUGCUGUUUGUUCCGAAAGAGCUGCUGAAGCUGCUGUUUGUUCCGAAAGAGAGAGGUGACUACAAUAUGCAUACAAAGUCGCUGUCCCCUUUUGACGAUGUGGUGGAUAGGACUCCUGUAAUCCGUUCUGUGGUGCUAAAGUUGCUUUUGAAAUACAGCUUCAAUGAUGUGAAGGUCUAUCUGCAAGAAUAUUUGUCAUGUGUAGAAGCAAGUUGGGUCCUAGACAAAGAAGAUAAAAUAGAACUUUACACACUGUUUGUCAACUGCCUUGAGGAUUCUAUGUCGGGUGUCUCCUCUGAAGAAAUCAAGACAGCCCGACUGAGAGAAGAUGGGCGCUUCCUGACAGACUACCUCCAAUGGAGCAGCCAAGAAAUCUCUCGAGAACCCACCAUUGAAUACUUGCAAGGAGUGGCCUGCAUCCGACUGUGCAUAGACAGGGUUGCAGAACUUAUCUUUGAACUUCAUGGAACUUCAGAUGGCAGUAAAGAAAAGGACAAGCAGCUCCACCUACAAAGAGUGAUGCAGUUCUGCUGUCAGUCUCGAAACAACUGGUAUAAAGUGUACCUUCUCCGAAGGCUUACUAAUCAGUAUGGAUUGGAGUUCACUCAAAGGCUGUCCAGUGAACAUCAGUAUCAUUGGAUGUUUCCAGAAGAAAUAAUUCAACAGCAACAGAGACACCAACCUGGUCAGAUCGAUCGGUUCCUGGUAUGUGGCAAAAACUACAGAGAGGUGCGUGAUGCUAUGGGAAAAGCAAUGAUAGAAUGCCAGAUGAAAGGCGUUGCAGCAACCCUGAAGACAUAUAAUGGCAACAAGUCUGCACAGGCUGCUCAUUUUCUCUUAGCUGUUUUCAGAGAGCUCACAUCUCUGUAUGGAUUUAGUGACCCUACCAUGUACCCUAAGCAGAAGCAAUGUGAUGUUCUUAAAGAAUUCAUCCAGAAAUCCCAAGUUCUUCCCUCUGCAGAACUGAAGGCGUUUGCAGAAUCCCUUAUGGCUAACAGUCUCCCAUCACUGACAGUAAGCCCCCGGGGCUCCAGUCACAUGAAAAUAGUGGUUGAAAUGGCAGUUCACACUGCAGCUAUUUUGCUGUGUAGGCAGAACCGAAUCCUUGAACCUCUAAGGAAUCUGGCAUUCUCACCCAACACCAUGCAACGUGCUUUUCUGCCAACAAUGCCAGAAGACUUACUGAGUCAAGCUGCAAACUGGCUAGCACCAUCAAAGCUUCACUGGUAUACCUGUCCAAAUGGCCACCCUUGCACUGUUGGAGAGUGUGGUCGUCCAUUGCAGCUAAGUCGGUGUGUUGAUUGUGGUGCUGCAGUAGGAGGCGAAAACUACAGGGCAGUGCCAAACUUCGUUAAAACUCAGCCUACAGUGGACAGGACACAAACUGGCCAUGUGCUUGGAGACCCUGGAAAAAGGGAAGCUGUGAUAGCAUCUGAGAGGGCAAUGUCUCCAGCUGUCUUAAUACUGAUCCGCUUGCUCACUCAUUUGGCAUUGCUUCUGGGAGCCACAAAGGACCCCCAGUCCCUGCUGCAAAUCAUAAAGACACAGAUCCCGGAUCCAGUAAGCUUUCUCAUGCAACACAUUCAUAAAGACUUGGAGCAGCUGAUGAAUACUCUUGGGAAGAGCAUUGAUGAAACCACUAAUGUUGUCCAUCUCAUCCUGUGUAGUCUUCUCAAGGACCAGCACGCCAACCAGUGGCCAGUGCGCUUUGAUGGCCAGCUUUCCACGAAACAGAACAGAAACCAUUGGGAAGAAAUUGUUGCAAACACCAUUAUUGUUCCUGAAUUAAAGCUUCUGGAUAAAACACUCCUGGAGUUGAACCAAAGAAUCAGUGAGGAUGAGAGAAUCUGUUCCAACCCAGUUGUGAAAAUUAUAUAUGGAGACCCCGUAACCUUCCUGUCUGAACUGCCUCUGAACAGCACUGUGCACUGUUCCAGAAUGUGGAGUUGUAGGAAGAAGAUCUCAGUGGAGUACUUGGGGCAUGUUGUCCAGCAGAAGGGUGGCAAGGACGCCGUGCCCAUCCUGUGGAAAUUUCUGCAGAAGGAAGCUGAAUUGAGGCUAGUGAAGUUUUUACCAGAGAUUCUGACGCUUCAGAAAGAGUUGGUGAAGAGGUUCCAGAACAUUUCUGAGGUGGACCACCGUACAGUUGGAGACUUCCUCAACAGCCUUCCCUCAGAAAGCAUAAAGAGUCUUAUGGAAAACAGGGUGAAAAUAUUUAUGUCUGUGUGGAACAAACUGAGAAGAUCCUUGGAAACAAAUGGUGAAAUUAAACUUCCCCAAGGCUAUUGUGAUGAUGAACUCACCCUGAAGAGUGAGUUUGAGAUCCUUCUGCCUCGUCGGCGAGGUCUGGGUCUCUGUUCCACUGCCUUAGCCAGUUACCUCAUCAGCCUGCACAAUGACUUUGUCUACACCAUUGAAAAAUAUACAAAGGAGACCAACAGAUACUCUGUCAGCCCUGCAGAAGUGGCAGAUCUGCAUAUGAUUUCUUAUGAGGUGGAGAGGGACUUGAUCCCACUGAUUCUAUCAAACUGCCAGUACAGUGUGGAGAAAGGAGGGGAGGCCCUUGAGGAAUUUGACCUGGAGAAAAUCCAGCAGCAGAUCACCAGCAGAUUCCUGCAGGGGAAGCCUUUAAUCACACUGAAAGGCAUACCCACUCUAGUGUACAGGCAUGAUCGGAAUUAUGAGCAUCUCUUCAAUGACAUCAAGAGCAAGUUGAACCAGAGCUCCCUUCCUAAUUCUACAAUUAGCAUGAUUAGUGGGGAGUUGCAGUCCUAUAGCGACAUCUGUGAAGCUCUGACUGUCACUGAAAUAACCCUCGGAUUCCUGGCUAUGGCUGGAGGAGACUCAGAGAUGACUUUGGCUGAAUAUGUUGAAAAUAUCCUGCAGAUGGGCAGCCAGACAAGUGCUCACAUGUUGAAGGCACUGAGCCGAUGUCACCUGAAGCACACCAUUGCACUAUGGCAGCUCCUCUCUAGCCAUAAAUCUGAACAGUUGCUGCAUCUGAAAAGGGAUCCCUUUGCAGAAGUCAGUACAAUCUAUAAAGAAGAGCUCACUGCAGAAACCACCAAACUCCUCAAUGCCUUCCUCAUGCAGGCUGGUCUGGAGACCUUCCUCCAAGAGCUGCAUGAAAUGAUCAUCCUGAAGCUGAGACACACCAAGCCUGGGGAGGAGUUCAACCCCACAUGGAGCCUGAAAGAAACACUUAUUCCGUACCUUGACAGGAAAGGGAGUGAUGUUCCUGGGGAACUAGAAGAUGCAUUCCCAGAAAAGGUUCCGCUUUCCCAGUGUAUUGCUGUUUGGAAAGCAGCUGCUGCCCUUAAACAUGACCGAAGACUUGGUUAAUACUGCACAAAGAAUUUGCAGACACUCUCGCACUCCCUCAAAACUGCUGAAGAGAAAAACACCGAAUUUAGCAGUGACUCUUGCUUGCACUUGAACAAAGUUAAUUCUAGGGCCAAAAAGCUUUUGCAGGUCAAGGAGAUGCUAAAUCCAAAUCUUUCUACACUAUAAAGAGUAAACUGUGAUUUACAACCAUAAAGGACCUUGUGCCUUAGAGAUUGAAGGAUCCCACCUCCCCAAGAGAUACUGUUUUUAGAAACUGCAGCUGAGAAAUGCAAAUCACAUUCCAAGGAAGGAAGGGGUCAAAAAGAGAAGGCUUCCAAGGUCAGAUUGAAAGGCUUAGCCAGAGCUUUUCUGUUGCAGGUCCUGGAAGAACCACAAUCAGACUGUGGGUAUAGUUUACAAAUCUGAGGUUAUUUGCUCCGUUGUUGACAGGUGUCUCUUUUCCCAUGGAGUUGUUGAACUGAGAGAGACGGAGAAUUUGUCCCCCUUCCCUCAUGUUCCCUAGUCUUCCUAAGUGCUACCAAAGCUGCCUUCCUCUCUUAUCAGGGAUUUCAUUUCUUUGUAACUUUAUUUUGCCAUGAUACUUCCUGUAGCACUGAGAUGUCUCUUUCUCUUCGGAUCAGGGCACCAAAACUAGGCAUUUCAAACCUUGGUCUUGGAAGAUUUCCAGGUGUCUGCCUUCAAAAUAUAAUUCCACGUAGGACAUAUUCCUAGUAAUGUUAGCUUGAAUGUCUAGUCCAAUUAUUUUUAAGAGCUGGCACAUCAAAGUUGCCUUUUGCUUGUCCCUUUUGAGAUGGAGGGCAUAUGAAAUAGGCACAUUUUCUGCUGAGAUUCAUAAGGGUCUUUAUGCCAUCAGAUUCAUAAGGGUCUUUAUGCCAUCUUAUGAGAAGCUGGGCCCAUUCUAGUUGUCUUAAUUGAUGUGUAUUCAUCAUGUUUGAUGUUAUGGUUGACUCACUAGUGCUGUAAGUAUAUCAGAAUUAUUUGGGCUAAAAACGGCUUUUAUAACUAGAGUCCCAGUUCAGGAGCAUUUUUCUAAUCACAAUUAAGAAGGAAUAAGUAAAAUGACCUUAAAUCUGGUGAAUGAGAAGACGACUCUUGGCAUGCUUGCAAAAAUAAUACGCAGUAUUUUAUUUAAUUUAGAGCCAUUAUUAAAGCCAUUCAUUUCAACUGAAUACAGCAACUUCAGUUGCUAGCAAUUAUGUGUAAAAUUGUAACAAUACAAGAAGGAGUGUGAAAGUAUUGUUUCAAAUGGGGGAAGGAAAAGAGUAUCAGUUGCACCUCUGUGAAUGGGUACACCAUUAACAAUUUGAAGGAAGUUGAUUUUUUUUGUUGGGAACAAUGUAAAUAUUCUUUGGCAUUUUGAACGUUUACCACAAUAAAUCAGGUGCGACUUGUCUCUCAGGGUGAAGUAGAAUCUCCAAAUAACAGCUAUUGCUAUUAAGGACUCUUUCCAGCCAUGUUUUGCUGCUGCUCUAGAUCUUUAUGUGCUUUAUAAGUAACAAGUCUAACAGACAAUCUUACAUACCAGAUGUACUUACCCCUCCUUCAGUUAACUAAGUUUCUUACAAAGGGCUAAAAUAUUAGUUUUUCUGUUUAAAGGCCAAAGGCUCAAGCCACAAUAAUUCUAGGUGCUGGCCAUCAACACAACUUUUCUAAGUCUACCUUGAGAUCUGCUAUAAAUACCAAAUAUCGUUCAUAAAUCUUAAAUAGUCACUGCAGCUCAGUUUAUUUCAGCAGUUACCUUACAUUCUCAUGUUUAGAAUGACAAACCUAGUGUUGUGUUAUCUAUCAUCUUCUUCCUAAGGACAUGAAUGCAAAGGACAGGACUGAGUGAGCGAAUAGCACUCAUGUUUACAGCAGAUAAGUAUGUGUUGGUGAUUAUUUGGCUGUGAUAUGAUGUCACUGUUGCUGCUUGCUGUGCUGGCAGAGCAGAAGGCUUGGAUUGGUCUAACAAUAUGCUGACUGAUGAGAUUAUGGCCAGUUUUACACGUGUAACAAAUGUUGUAAUUGCUUUCCCCUCUUAAUAAAAAUAUUUGCUAUGA